AGAAAAAAAAAGGAAAUCUAUGAAGGGUUUCGCAUAGGACUGUUCUUCUCUGAGCGCCGCCGGACCGAAACCCUAACCCUAACCCUAAUCUACUCGUCGUACGGUUACAAAUCAUGAACCCUAACAACCUCUUGUUCGAUUCGGGAAUGGAAUCAUCUUACUCAUCUUCAAGUCAUGAUUCAGUUGAGUCGGCUGAAGAUUCUUCUGUUGACAAAGAGAGAGGUGAUGAAGGGUUGAGAGGCUAUGUUUCUGCUGAGAGCUUUCUGUCAAAUGUGUCCCAGCGUUCAACUGAAUGUAAUGCAACUCAAGAAACUACCACGUGUCCUGGCGAGUUGGAUGUUCCAAGGGCAUCUAACAGUUUUAUGUUGGAACCUGAAGUUGGUAUGAUCUUCCAUUCUGAAGAGCAAGCGUUUGCAUUUUAUAAUACUUAUGCAAAGAGAAAGGGGUUUAGUGUGCGAAAGGGCCAUCUUGGUAAGAGAAAAGAUGGAACAAUAAGGGACAGAGUUUAUCUAUGUAGUUAUGAGGGGACCCGACAAAAACAUUGCACUCACAACACAAGGAAGCCCCGUCCUGUUGUGAGAACAAAUUGUAUGGCCAGAAUUGAGUAUAAAGUCACCCGUGAGCAUGUGUGGGUUGUGAAUAAAGUUAUAUACGAACACAAUCAUCCACUUAUACGCCCAAGUAAAGCUCACUUAUUAAGGUCUCAUCGAAAGAUGCUAGAUGCUCAACAAGGUGGUGGUGGUGAAAUGCCUGAUGUUGAAGUAAGACCUGCUGAAGCACAAGACAUUUCUGUAGAACGGACUCAUGAGACUGUAACUGUUGGUUUUCUUUUAAGGGGUCAAAGUAGCUAUCUGCAUACUAACAGGAUGAGAGAGCUUGAGAAAGGAGAUGCCCAAGUUCUUCUAGAUUUUCUGAAAGUCAAGCAGUUAGAGGACCCCUCGUUCUUUUAUGCUGUACAACUUGAUGAUAGGGAACAGGUGACCAACAUUUUCUGGGCAGAUCCCCGUUCUAUAAUUGAUUAUGCCUAUUUUGGUGAUGUGCUCUUAUUUGAUACAACUUAUCGAGCAAGCAAGAGUGACAUUCCAGUUGCUUUAUUCAUUGGCAUAAACCACCAUAAGCAAGCUGUUUUAUUUGGGGCUGCCUUACUAUUGGAUGAAACCACAGAAUCAUUUGUUUGGUUAUUUAGGACCUUUAUGAUUGCAAUGUCUGAGCAGCAGCCCAGAACAAUUUUUACAGAUCAGUGCGCCGCAAUAUCAAGGGCUGUUAGUAUGACCUUACCUGAAGCAUGUCACCGAAUUUGUUUGUGGCAUAUUUCACAGAAUGCCACGAAGAACAUCUCUCAUUUGCACAGUAGUGAGUCCAACUUCCAAAAGGAUUUUAAGAACUGCAUAUAUUUAGGCUGUUCAGAAGAUGACUUUCUUUCUCAGUGGAUGAAUUUAAUCAACAAGUAUGAUCUUUCAACCAACUCAUAUUUAGAAGAUCUCUACACAACUCGAGAGAAAUGGGCAUUGGUCUAUAGUAAGAAUCUAUUUUGUGCUGGCAUGACAACAGUUCAGUGGAGUGAAAGUAUGAAGAAGCACUUUAAGAAACAUUUCAAUAGAAAGUUGCCACUUCCCAAGUUUAUGGAGCAGUACCAUAAUGCUUUGGUUCAGUUCCGUAAGAAGGAAUUGCAUGAAGAUUUUAGAUCAAGGCAAACUAAACCUGUUUUGUUGGUCGAUAUGCCUAUGUUAAAUGAAGCAGCAGAAUCAUAUACAAGGCUGAUAUAUAAAGAGUUUGAAGAUGAGUUCAAAGGUCAGCUUUCUUGUCUUUGUGAACCAUUAGGCUCGGAUGGAUCAACUUUGACCUUCAAGAUUUCCCUUGUUGAUAAGCAAUAUUACGGGCUUGUGGAAUUUAACCCAUCCAGUUAUACAGUUACAUGCAGUUGUAAAAAAUUUGAAUCAGUAGGUGUCCUUUGCAUGCAUGCUUUAAAGGUUCUUAACAACAAUAACAUCCUUGACCUCCCAUCUCACUACGUACUGAAAAGGUGGACGAAGUAUGCGAAUGAUGAUAUGGUAUCCAAUAGGCAUCAAUCAGUAGUUAAAACCUUUGGUGAAGAACAUUUGACAUCAAGAUUUAGUCGGGUUUGCCAUAAGGCGGUCACAAUUACUGCAAAAAGUGCUUUCUCGAAAGAUGCCUUGGAUAUUUUUGAUCAUGAACUUGACAAAAUGAUGGUAGAUGUGGAAAAUUUGUUACGUAAUACACCAUUGGACAAAGAACCCGAAGAUGAAAAUGCUGUCACUGGCUCGAGGCAGGAUGCAUCAGAGACAAGCAAGAAAAAACGAGGUCGAAAACCCUUGUUUAAGGGGGAUGCCGUUGAGAAAAAACAGAAGAAGAAAGCUCAACCUCUUUCUAACUCUAGCAACACAGUCAUGCCUCACCAACCAUUACAAAGACAAACUAGUGAACCCUCGGUCAGGUUGAUGGUUGAAGACUCUUCUCAUGUCCCCACAUAUCAUCAGGCUGGGGCUGUUUCCUACAAUAAUACAAUUACUAUGCCUCCUCCUGGUCUUCCAGGGUGCACUACUUUUCCUCCCGAGCCUGUGAUGUCUACUCAGGAAACAUUUACGCCAUCACAGAGUUUAUUUGACCAAGCAAUGGCAUCUCAAGGUGUUGGUAGCUCAAACCUAACAUGGUGUGCUCCUAGGGGUUCUGUUAGUGUCCCUAUACCGGUUAUGCAAGGGCAAACGAAUAAUUUUCUUGGUUGGACAAUCAACCCUCACAACAUUCCUAAUAUUUGUCUCCCUCAACGCCACCUCAAUCAGUCAGUGCAUCCUACCAUCACAGGUCAGCAUCAAACAGCACCCCGCAGGCUAAACUUUGAUAUCAACAAAGGAAGCUGAGUGGAACUGCAUAAAGGAGUGAACUCUGAUGAUGUGGCAGUAAGUUAUUUGUGUGCUUAAUCAAGAGACUGCAGGACUCGUUGUCGGAUUCUCAUGCACUUAAUGAAGGCUAAGUAAUCUGUUGUAAAGUGCCAUUUCUAUCUUUUUGGUGGUUAUUUUCAUAUAGUUGUCUAGGAGGACUAAAUUAUACUAGCAAUAAUUAACAACAGUCUCCAGUAUAAUUGAUUAGGAGCAUCAUUCUUGAAGCAUAUGAAAGCUGGGUUUUAAGUA